AUGUACAGAAACCAAGGAAAUGACUUCGGAGCCAAUAGAGGACAGGGACGGGCUGCACAAGCACAGGGAGCAGGACAGCGACAAGAGGGCUGGGGAAGAGGGAGAGUUGGAUACUCUAAAGUUCCUUUAAAGGGACUCUUCGCUGAUGGGGUUUGGUACUGCAAUUGCGAACCACGUUUACCGGCAUCGCAUUUCCAAACGAAGAAUGGUGGCAAGAAUCACGGCCGGUGGUUUUACACCUGUCAAAAGCCACAGCAUCAACGUUGCAAGUUUUUUCUAUGGGAAGACGAAGCAAAACCGCGAGAGGCAGCUGCUGUUCUGAACAAUUCGCGCUCAGAGCCCGAACCUGUGUCCGGCUUACAUGCGCAAGCUAAAAACGAAGCUCCUCGCACCCCAAACCAACAAUAUGGUCAUAAUAAUACAAUUACACCUCCGCGAACGGGAAGAGCUGCGCUACGUUCUCCGUCUAACACGGCUUCUCCAUCUCCUUCCAGGGCGGCGAGAGGGCCAUCAAACACCGCAGCUGAUGAAGAGCCAUUCGAGUGGCCACUGACGGGAGAGGAAGAGGUGGCGCUUACCCAAGAAGUGGACUCAGCUUUUGAACAUGGGGCCAAAAGGUCUGAUAUGGCAUCAAAUAAAGAUUCCGCCCGCAAAAUCCCACCUGAUCCAUUCCCAGAGACGCCGAAAAAGGGAAAUGGUGCGGGUUCGGAGACAUUAACCACACCCGGGAAACGGCGGCGGUCUCUGUUUGAAGAAGAUGGAGCCAUCGGAUUACCAACCCCAGUCACAGAACGUAAAAUUGACAACCCAUUCCUGACUCCUUCAACUGACAAGACUCGUCGGAAACUCUUUACUAGUGGUUCUGAAGCCGUGAUAGCUUCUCCAAAUAUCAAGACGGAGUUUCCAUCAUCUCCGUCUGCUACACCAAGUCCUUCACGCUUUCGAGAUGUUGGCGGCACGGAGGAAAAGCAGUCAGAAUUGAUCAAGGAGGUUUUUGGCCUUCUUGAAGAGCACGACGUGCGCUUGAAUCAAGCUACAAAAGAUGCGUUAGGGCUUUCUUUGGGUAAACACGCUGUUCGGAUGCAAGGUAUUGCAAAAGGACGAGACAUUUCCCGAGCAGUGAUCAAAGAGCGAGAUGCCAAGAUUGCCAUGUUGCAGCAUCGCAUUGAGACGCUCGAAGCAGAUCGAGAAACGGACAAGGCCAUGAUCUAUUACUUGAAGCAGAAACAGCACGAGAAAGAUUGA